AAAGAAAUAAUAGAAAAAGAGCUCCUGUAUAAAGAUCCUCAUUGGUGCGCAAUCCGAUUGUAUACCACCACUGAUAAACACCGGAAUAAGCGAUAUUCACUGGGCCGAGGUAUUUCCGUGAGUCCUCGAAAUGGGAUGACGGAAAAAAUUUUUGUCCAAACACUAAUUGGUCGUGUAUUAGCAGACAAUAUAUAUAUGGGUCUACGAUGCAUUGCCGCUCGAAAUCAAGAUAUUGGGAUUGGACUUGUCAAUCGAUUCAUAACCUUUCGGGCACAACCAAUAUAUAUUCGAACCCCCUUUACUUGCAAGAGUGCAUCUUGGAUCUGUCAAUUAUGUUAUGGUCGGAGUCCCACUCACGGCGACCUGGUCGAAUUGGGAGAAGCCGUAGGUAUUAUUGCGGGUCAAUCAAUUGGGGAACCAGGGACUCAACUAACAUUAAGAACUUUUCAUACCGGUGGAGUAUUCACAGGUGAUACUGCCGAACAUGUACGAGCUCCUUCUAAUGGAAAAAUAAAAUUCAAUGAGGAUUUGGUUUAUCCCACACGUACCCGUCAUGGGCAUCCUGCUUUUCUAUGUUCUAUAGACUUGUAUGUAACUAUUGAGACUCGGGAUAUUAUCCAUAAUGUGAAUAUUCCACCAAAAAGUUUGAUUUUAGUUCAAAAUGAUCAAUAUGUAGAAUCAGAACAAGUAAUUGCUGAGAUUCGUGCCGGAACGUCUACUUUUCGUUUUAAAGAGAAGGUACGAAAACAUAUUUAUUCUGAAUCAGAGGGAGAAAUGCACUGGAGUACCGAUGUCCACCAUGCAUCUGAAUAUAUACAUGGUAAUGUUCAUCUAUUACCAAAAACAAGUCAUUUAUGGAUAUUAGCAGGAGGUCCGCGCGGAUCCAGUAUAGUGUCUUUUUCGCUCCACAAAGAUCAAGAUCAAACAAAUGUUCAUUCUUUUUCUUUUGAAGAAAGAUAUAUCUUUGACCUCUCAAUGACUAAUCAUCGAGUAAGACAUAAAUUGUUGGAUACUUCUGGUAAAAAAGAUAGGGAAAUUCUUGACUAUUCAAGACCUGAUCGAAUCAUAUCCAAUGGUCAUUGGAAUUUCAUAUAUCCUUCUAUUCUCCAAGAAAAUUCUGAUUUCUUGGCGAAAAAACGAAGAAAUAGAUUCAUUAUCCCAUUACAAUAUGAUCAAGAACGAGAUAAAGAACUAAUGCCCUGUUUUGGUAUUUCGAUUGAAAUACCCAUAAAUGGUCCCAUAUGGCUCGUCAAUAAUAAAUACUUAGAAUUUAAUUCUAAGAUUUAUAAAUUCUAA